AUGUACUUAUUUAAUUUUCAGAAUUGCAACAACAUCGAUGCAAUCAAAUGGAGAUCUCCCAAUAUAGCAGUCGGUGCGAAAACGACCUAUCGUUGUCAAACCAGAAGAAAAGUUCCUGAGGGGUUCGAAAACCCGAAUUUCGACGACAAAGAAGCAAACAAUUGGAGACUACCCAAUAUAGCAGUCGGGGCGAAAACGACCGAUUAUUAUCAAACCAGAGGAAAAAUUCCUGAGAGGUUCGACAACCCGGAUUGCUUCAAAGGUUAUGGGAAAGUAGAAGCUAACCCGCGAUACAGAACAUCAAACAGUUCGUAUGGAUCUAUAAGUCCAAAUGUUCACACAAUGCCAACUUCAUUUUUUUUGAAAAGUCAGGAAUUCACUAAGAUAAUGCUAGCAGGUGAUUUCAAUAUACAUGUAGAAAAAACGGUGAUCCACACGCUGUUGCUUGGUUACAUAAUCAUAUUUUCCGGUAUUGGAUUGCAAAAUCUAUCCAAGGGGAAACUACUCAGAUAA